CGGCUCUCUGGUGUGCAGUUCAUUGACCGGGGCCCGCUCCACGUUUUUCGCUCUCUGCCGGCCGUCCCUCUUUUAUUUGAACCGAAUCCUGCCCAGUCCGGGGCGGCGCACACACACAUCCACCCCCUCUCAUAAAGUUACUGUGGUAAUAAUAAUACUCCGCCUGCCUCCCCCAUUUUCCGGUCGCUGGUCUUAGAUGGCCGCGACGUCCAAUUCGUCUCGCUCAACGCCAUUGCCUGAAACAGCAGCCCAUCCUCCCGCACGCGAGCGCAUCGGCAACCCAGCCCGCAACCGAUCCCCGUCGAGCCCGUCGUCCUCGGCUGCCUCACGCCCCGAGCCCUUCUCCGGCGCCAGUUCUACCACCACCACUACUAACGCCCAUCGGCCGCACCAUCUGAGCCAUCCGUCCAUCAGCUCGCAGCGGUCGGGCGGCUUCCUGGCUUUUUUCGACAGGACGCUCGCUGGUAUCACCGAGCCCCGUGUCCGACCGCGGCAGUCGCUCAGCCGUAUCUCGACCGGCCCGGAGACGCUCGCCAGCGGCCAAUCCAGCCCGGAGAGGGGUCUUCGCGCCACCAGACCGGCCUCCAAUUUCGCCCCUCCCGCGGGUUUGACAGCCGGAGACGGCAGGCAGCCGAGCCCGACUCUCGUACACGGUGAUCCUCCUUCGCAGCCGUACAGCGAGACGGAUCCUUCGCUUCCCGAGCCGACCCACGUUUCGCGCUUCGACAACAAGAUGCACCAAACAUCGUCGAGGCUAUUGCGCAUGACGGACGAUGACCGUCCGUUUACAAAAGACUUCAAAGACCUCUUCGCGACUCUGAUCGUGAGCCUUCUGCCUCUGUCGGCGCAUCGUGUGCGCUUGACCAAGGUGGAGCACACGUUCCUGUCUGAAGAUGCCAUCAACAACCUGGGCUCGCUGAAGUUCUCGCAGUCGAACCGCAUGCCGGAUCCCAAGGACCCGUCGAGAAUCGUCACCACGACCACGACGACGACCUUCUCGAUGGCCAAGGACAUGGCUCGCUCCAUUUGCCAGCGCUUCCUCGAGGCGAGGUUCAUCGAGUCCGCGGACGGGAAAUAUCAACAGGUCUACACCAUGAAGGGGUCGGUCUGGCAGUUGACGCCCAAGGGCAUCAGCAUUCUGGACCGGUUCUGCUCCAGGAACGGGAUCCAGCAGAAGCAGGUUGCCGAGCUUGUCGGGUCGUCCCUUCCGCAGCUGGUGAGCCUGGAACGGGACCCGCAGACGGACAAGCUGCUCACGGAUCGUGGCACGAUAGAGGUCAUUUUCCGGAGGUUUGUGGGCACCAACGGGUUCAAUAUCAAGUCCAGCGUGAGCUCGGCGGACUCGGACUCUCUGAGCGACUACAGGGACGGCCUCACCGGCGUCAAGAUGGCGCAGGAACGCAAAGUGGGCGGCAAGACGUACAAGGACACGUUCACCGGGAAGGCGGCUACGGACUGGCUGAUGGAUUGCUCGACCACGGUCGACAGGAGGGAAACGAUCGAGAUUGCCUCGCUCUUUGUGGAAUAUGAUCUCAUACAAGCGGUGCAGCAAGAUCGGGCCUACAUGAUCCAGAACCCGGCCCACAACCUCUUCCAGCCGACCAAGCACGCCAUCUGCCAAUUGACGGCGAAGGGCCACGAGCUUGUGAACCCCAGCAACAGAGGACGUGCCUCGGAGGGCGAAGGCCUCGGGGCGUCGCGGUCGGGCGGCAUUGCCCGCGACUCGAACACGCAGCGGCUAGAUAAGAUCCUCAACGACCCAGCCCUGAGGCUGCUGUUCCGCGAGAAUCUGCGCGAGACUCACUGCGAAGAGAACCUGUCCUUCUACCUCGACGUCGACGAGUUCGUCCGGCAAUGCAGGCAAGCGACCAGGGCUGCCCAGAAGAACCCGAACAACGCGGCCUCGCUGGACGGGAUCAAGGAGAUCAUGGCCCAGGCAUACGGCAUCUACAAUGCCUUCCUGGCACCAGGCUCCCCGUGCGAGCUGAACAUUGACCACCAGCUACGCAACAACCUGGCGACCCGGAUGACGAAGGCGGUGGGGCAGGACGUGGCCAUGAUCGACACGCUGCACGAGGUUACCGCGCUGUUUGAGGACGCUCAGAACGCCGUCUUCAAGCUGAUGGCCAGUGAUUCCGUCCCCAAGUUCCUCCGCAGCCCCAAGUACGAGCAGACACUCAAGAACUACGACUUCGACGCCAUCAAUGCGGGCAAUUCGCAGGCCCGCGUCCCCGAGCGGAGCCAGAGCAGGUCCAACCGCAAUUGACUGUCGAGGAUGCCGUCUCUGAGACGGCCACGAUAGAAGUCGAUCGUUCCACGAGGCCGCGCCUGCGCAGGCCAGGCGGGGCAUCUCAUGAUGCGUUUCUUUUUGUUAAAGAAAAUGGCGGCCAGUGAUUUUAUUGUUUAUAUUUUGUCUUCCCCCCCCCCCCCCCC